AUGUUGCCCACAUCGUCUUUACGUCACUGCUUGGCUGAACAAAAUUUCUUGGUCAAAGAGUCAAAGAAUCUUGGUCUUCGCCACAACCACAAUGAAAUUAUGGUAACGAGGGGGCAUGGGAAUCGAAUUGUAGGCUACCCAUUGGCAUAUGUUGGUCUUGGUGAUGGUUUACAUCUAUUUUCAACCAAGAUAAGAAUAUUCAGCAGAACCAAGUGGGUUAAAACCGAAACAGUUAAUCUACCCUUAUUCGUCCCACAAAAUCAAGGAGAGCGUGUAUACUUGGUCCUACAGGAAAGUUAUGUUUAG